AUGGCGGGACGUUCCAAUGCACGGCCGCCUGAAAGGGCACUGCCAAGCAAGUUUCGGCUAAUCGUGGCAGACCCGGCCAUCAGUGGGGGAUCCAUCAUGCAGAUGCUGGAGCUGCCUGUGCCACUUACCAUGGGCAAGGUUGCCGCCUUGCUUGAAAGCAAGCCUGCAUUUCGAUUCCAGGAGCUUUGCGAGAACAGAGGCGUCACAUCCUUGGACGUCCAGGUUCGUCUCCAAGGCUUAGACGGUCAGAGAAGGUGUCCUCUCCAAACUGACGAAGACAUCGAAGUCUUCUUGAACAAUCUCCAGAUUAGCAACAUUCCUGUGAUAGAGGCCCAGCUUCCGCUGGAAAACUCAUUCGCGAUAGCAUCAGAGCACCACCAGCGCGGUGUGCAGGCUGGCAGGCAGAGAGGCCGAGAUCCACGGGAUCAGAUCGAGGAGCUCGAGGAUGCCAACUUCAAGCUCACCCGAGCAACUGACCGCGUGGAACGCAGACUUGCAGAACUGGAGCGUUUGAUCGCCACCACAGAUGAAAGGACCGAGAGAACGGUGGGCAUCGCACGCCGCGAGAUGAAUGAAGUGCUGGACAAGGCUGUUCAGGAGCUGAACCAGAAGGUGGCGGGUCUCAAAGAGGAUGACGCAGCCAUCCUACGCGACCUUGACCAAGUCAGGCAGCACAGCAACUCCGUACAGCAGCUGGACGCGAAACACCACAAGGAGAUUCUGGAUCAGCUCAGCACUUUCGCUCUUCGAGUAGAUGAGCAGUUUGACGAGGUCAACGGCAGCCUCGACAAGCUGCAGGAGGAGGAUCAGCGUCUGGACACCGAGGCGCAAGCGGCAAGGGAAGAUCACAGGAUACAGCUGGACGCUCACCUGGACGAACUGCAAAGGUUGGAGGAGGCCAAGGUGAGCGUGGACAUGUGGCAAUCGGAGGGCAACGCCAUGGCUGAAAGGAUUACGAAGGAUGUGGAAGCUUUGAAGGAGCAGAUGAAGGAGGAGCUCAUGGACCUGAACACUCGAUUUGGAAAUGAGUGCGAAUUGACAACUCAACGACUGGAGAAGGAGCAGUCAGAACGAGCAGAACGAGACGACCUGUUGGACAGGACCCUCCAGGAGACGACCAGCCGCUUGGACGCGGAACUGGCCCGGCUCAACAACGACACCCAGGACAAGUUCAAAGAGGCCAGAGAAGCUUUGGAGGAGACACGCCAAUCACUGUCCACCGCAAUCGAUACCCAGGUCACUGACCUGUCCGACAAAACUGAAAAGCACUUCGACCAAUUGGAGCACACUGUCGAGCACAAGGAUGAGAAGAUCCAUACGCGUGUGGAUGAGCUGACAGCCAAGAGUGAGGCGACUUUUCAGAGCAUCGCUGAACGGAUGGAUGCAAUGGUGCAAGAAGAGCGGGCCAGGCUUGGUCAGCUCAACCAAGACCUAUCCGAGAACACUAUCAAGGUUCGUUCGGACCUGCAUUCAGCCAUCGAGCGAGUCCGGACAGAUUAUGAAGAAGAGGCAGCUCGUUUGGAUGCUGACUUGGGUGAUUUGCACAUGAAAUACGAUGUGGCGAAGCAAGAAAUCAAUUUCUUCCAAUCGAAGCUGAAGGAGCAGCGAGACUGGACGGAGAAGUGUCUGGCAGAAAGUGGCGCCGUAACUCGGGCAGCUGCCCUGGAGUCUCAGGAAGGACUGGCAGCGACGACAAAGAUGCUUCAUGCUUUGCGAGAUGAUGCAGUGAGCUUCCGUGAGAAGAUGGCCAAGUACAUCAGCAUCUUGCAGCACUCGUCUGACCAGCAGGGUGAAGCCCUGAAUUCAUUGGAGAUCCAUCGCACAUCGAUGAGGGCAGAGCUGGACGCUUUAACCAAAGACCAUCAGGAGUACACUGGAGACAUGGACAGCUGGGCGAAGGACACCAAUGUCCAGGUUGAGCGACUUUUCCGUGCUCUAGAGCCCACAAAGGUCGAGUGGAGAAUAGAGAGAGCUAUGCAGAGGACGAAGGAGCUCAAGAAGCCCCUUGCUUUGAAGUCCUCUUCUUUUGGCAUCAAAGGCAUUGGGGAAGGUUUCAUGGAGUUCUAUCCCGAGGGUAACAACCAGUCGCCGGAGGGUAAGGCGGUGCUGCGCCUAUAUGUUCCACCACAGGCACACGUCCGCUACCAGUGCUGGGUCGGCAAAGACUCAGAUGGCGCGAAAGAGCCGAGACCUUAG